AUGAUCUACAACGUGCAAUUACGGAACCACUCGCGGGUUUUCACCGCCAAGCUGACCCACCGCGAGUCGGACGUGUAUGCGGCCCAGCCUUACGACCGCAUCAUCUUCCUUCUCCACGGGUUCCCUGAUAACAAUGACACCUACCACUUGGUAUGGGACCAAUUGGUUUCAGCAUUCCCAAAACUGUUGCUCUUAGCUCCGGCGAUGAGAGGCUACGAGCGCCUGAGUCAGGGCCCUGACCACGAGUACCGCGUGAGCGACCUUGCCAGCGACGUCAAGGCGUGGAUCACCAAUAUCAACCCGCCGGCGGGGGUACACGUCCACUUGGUGGGCCACGACUGGGGUGCCAUCACCUGUUUCAAGGUGGGGCAGCUCUACCCGGAAUUGGUCACGCUGAUGGUGACGUUGGCCAUCCCUUAUAUUGCCAAUGUCCACCUCCCGCAAUUGUUGUGGUACAGUCCCGAACAAGUGUGGUACCUGCUGUACUUUUUGACGAUGCAGUUGAAGGCAAUCUACCUGAGAAAGUUUGCCGGUGACUACUUGAAUGCGUUGUGGAAGUACUGGCUGCCGACGUGGGACUUCCCCGAGCGCACCAUCCAGCUGGUGCAGGCAACGCUCGAGCUGCCAGGGGUAUUGGACGCCUCGACUGCGUACUACCGGUGCUUACUUAACCCGCUCAACUUGUUGCAGAUCAAGUGGGUCGUCGACUUCGAUAAAGUGCCCACCCUCAUCUUGGGGGGUGAGACCGACGGGUGCAUGCUGAACCGGUUGUUGCGGUACGAGAAGAAGUUGUUGAACGGUACCCACAACGGUAAGGUCGAGGUGAGAGAGAUUCCUCACGCGGGACACUUCUUGCAGCAGGAAGCUCCUCGCGAGGUCGCUGACGCCGUCAUCGAAUGGAUCCGCAAGUUCCCGUAG